CCUGAAUGCCCCUUCUAUUUUUUCAUCCAGGAUGUUCGACUUUGUGGCGACUGUUCGUCAUGGAGUAAACACCUCUCCAUCGGUUAGAAGACACCCUACCAGUUGGGAUCUCACUUAUCUGGUGAUACCUCGGCAACUCUCGGUUCUCGAGAUUCAAGAUUUAUUAUCUUCGCAGACAUGGUGAGAGUGAGCCUUAAGCAGCGAACCUUGCGAGUGUACCACCUGGGAGCACGGGACAUGAUGUCACCAGAAUAUUUGGUGGUAGGUUAUCUACAGGAUAGUUCCCACCGAGUCAAUCAUGUCUGUAUCCAGCAAUGUCACCUAUAUCGUGGACGAUAGUGACAGCGCUAUCGGGUACCUGUGUGCAUCGACGCAUCAGAGGGUCACUAAUUCGUACUUCCACGAUACCUGGACAUCAAUAGCCAGCACGAACUGUGCAGAUGGUUGGUUCCAGUACAAGUUUAAUGGUACCAAGGUGUACAUAUUCUCCCCCAACACGGAGUAUGGGCAGAAUUAUACGGUGAACAUGGACUCUGCCGGUGCACUCAUUGAGUAUGGCAAUGGCAUAUACACCUCCGGCCUCCUGCACGAUGGGGAACACACUGUUAUUUAUGCCAUCGGCCACGAAGAGCUACACCCUGCUUUUGACUAUUUGACCGUCCAAGCAGGUUCAUCGACGCAGAUGAAAGGGCGCACUGUCAUCGUCGAUGAUUAUGACCCUGACAUAACAUUCUCUGGCAAUUGGUCCAAUGUAGCCUUCUAUCCCACCAAGUUCGACUAUUCUACUGGCACAUAUCAGAGCACCGCUCACUGGAGUAACACUGCUGGGGACUCAUUAUCGUUUCGUUUCUAUGGAUCAUCCGUUGCGGUGUACGGCAUCAUCAGCAAUACGACCGACACCGACGGUAGUAUCGUGAUUUCGUACAGCGUGGACGCGGAGAAAGCGACUACAUCGGUGUCUUCGGCUAAUGGCACCAAUCAACCUAUCCCGAUGGCGCAGCUGUUCAGUGUCAAUGUGCCUGAUGGUUUGCAUACCCUCGUUGUGAACGUUACGUUCGUACUGAAUUUGCGGCAAAUUGGAAUUGAUUUCAUCACUUAUAAUGCGUCGUUUGAGAGCAUUGAUUCCAUGCCGUCUCUUUCUGACUCACCGGUAUCCACCACUUCUUCAUCAAAGACGACAAACGUGGGUGCUAUUGCCGGAAGUGUCGUCGGAGGUGUCGUUUUUGUCACGAUCUUUGCUCUCUUCUUGUACAUCUUCAAGAAGCGAACAUAUCAACGACGCCGUACUCGGGCAGCUGCUGUCGUCAUCGGCAGGAAUUACAAUCCUCACCUUGACGCGAAGCAUCAGCCCAUUAUCGAAGCGUACCAAAUGCGAGACCAGAAGGCGCUACCUUGACAAUCCAGAUGUUGGUUGUUCUAACAUAUAAAACUCUUUCCUUUUCAUCUACUUGUUGUAUCAUUGGUUUGUAUCACAUCUGUAUCAGUUUUUGUAUUUAUAGCACUCCGAGUUUCUCAUUUGCUUUCCGGUUCAUUCUGGCUAGCUACCUAGACUUAGCUAUCGCAAGUAAUGAAAGUUCAGUAUUAUUUGAUAGCAGACGAAAUCCUAUCAGAAGAUGGGUAUAAAGUCCUG